AUGCUCGCGAAUGUCUGUUGGACAUGUAAGUCGGACCCCAACUUCUCGGACAAGAUCCGCCACAUUCGCGAUCCCAAAUUGCGUAUGGCGGUCGUUUGGAGCCACUGCAAGACGAAGAUGAUUUGUGAACCCGAUGAGCAGAAGGACGAGGCCGAUGGUGCCGAUGCCGAGGAACCCAAGAAGGGGCACGGCGGUUGCGGCUAUACCCAACCCCAGGUGCGGAAAGAAGGUUUGAAGCUGUUCGUGCAAUCUAAGAAGUCGAAGGAAGACGACGAGGAUGGCAAGUUGCUACAGACCGACAAACGGCUCAUCACGCCGUCAGAGGUGUAUACGACGUUCAAAAAGAUGACGGACUCCGACCUCCAAAUCAUCGGGCUAUCCGAGGAGUAUGCUCGGCCAGAAUGGAUGAUCUUGACCGUCAUGCCUGUUCCUCAGCCGCCUGUGAGGCCAAGUAUUGCUGUAGACAGGGGCGCCAUGCGAAGCGAGGACGAUCUGACAUACAAGCUCGGGGACAUCAUCAAAGUCUCGGCCAACGUGCGUAGCUGCGAACAGGAGGGUGCUCCAGCCCACGUUAUCUCCGAGUUUGAGCAGUUGCUCCAGUUCCACGUUGCUACCUACAUGGAUAAUGAUAUCGCUGGGAUACCCCAGGCGCUCCAGAAGUCCGGUCGACCUGUCAAGGCGAUUCGUGCUCGUCUAAAGGGCAAGGAAGGAAGGCUACCUGGGAAUCUGAUGGGUAAACGUGUUGAUUUCUCGGGGCGUACCGUCAUCUCAGGGGACCCAAAUCUGGAGCUGGACGAAGUAGGCGUACCGAAGUCGAUAGCCAUGAACUUGACCUCCCCAGAACGAGUCACACCGUUCAACAUCUCUUAUCUACAGGAGCUUGUUCGUAAUGGUCCAACAACGUACCCUGGUGCUUGGUAUGUAGUCAGAGAUACGGGCGAGCGUAUUGAUCUGCGGUAUAACAAGCGGGCGGAUGCUUUCCUUCAAUAUGGCUGGAUUGUUGAGAGGCAUCUAAAGGAUGGCGACUACGUUCUUUUCAAUCGCCAGCCCAGUCUUCAUAAGAUGAGUAUGAUGAGUCAUCAGGUGAAGCUCAUGCCCUAUUCGAUGUUUCGCCUGAAUCUUUCCGUUACGCCGCCUUACAAUGCCGAUUUCGACGGUGACGAGAUGAACAUGCAAUUGUCGCCCCAAGCGAACAAGUCAGUCAUGGGGAUCGUGCAAGAUACCCUUUGCGGUAUACGCAAGCUCACGCUGCGAGAUACGUUCAUGGACUGGAAUGCCGUUCAGAACAUUCUCUUGUGGGUUCCUGAUUGGGAUGGCAUAGUGCCGAUCCCAGCCAUCAUCAAACCCAAACCGAUGUGGACGGGUAAGCAGAUCCUCAGUUUGGCCAUACCUCGGGGAAUCAAUAUCUUCCCCGCGGCUGAACCUAUAUCGUCGAACCCCGUUUUUGACGAUGGCAUGUGCAUCGAGAACGGAGAGAUCGCCUGGGGGAUAGUCGAGAAGAAGACUGUUGGUGCCUCUCAAGGCGGUCUCGUCCACGUCGUCUUCCGCGAGAAAGGCCCCGAGGGCGCGCGCGCUAAGGUCGUGAAUUACUGGCUUUUCCAUAACGGGUUCAGCAUUGGGAUUGGGGACACGAUCGCAGACGCCAAGACGAUGGCCUUCAUCACGCAAACUAUCGCCAGCCACAAGGCCAAAGUCGCAGCCAUCACCGAGCGAGCGACUAUCGACGAGCUCAAGGCCGCCCCCGGUAUGACAAUCCGUGAAUCCUUCGAAAGCCAAGUCGAGCGGCAACUCAAUUUGGCCUGUGAUACAUCUGGUCAGUACGCGCAAAAGAAUUUGAAGGAGGACAACAACGUCAAGCAGAUGGUGGUCGCCGGUUCGAAGGGAUCCUUCAUCAACAUCUCCCAGAUGUCGGUUUGCGUGGGGCAACAGAGUGUGGAGGGGCGACGUAUACCAUUUGGCUUCCAUCAUCGAACGCUUCCUCACUUCACGAAGGACGAUUUCAGUCCUGAGGCAAGAGGCUUCGUCGAGAACUCGUACCUUCGGGGGCUAACGCCCCAGGAGUUCUUCUUCCACGCCAUGGCAGGUCGUGAGGGUCUCAUCGAUACUGCCGUCAAAACUGCCGAAACGGGUUACAUCCAGUGUCGUCUCGUAAAGGCCUUGGAGGAUGUUCAGGUCUGCUACGACGGGACCGUCAGAAACUCCCUUGGCGAUCUUAUUCAGUUCGUCUAUGGUGAGGAUGGUAUGGAUGGCGCCUUCAUCGAAAAGCAGAACAUCGCGACCUUCGGUGUCAACCAUGCUCAAUUCAAGCAUAAUUAUCACGUCGACGUCGUUGAUCCUGCUGGAGGUUUCUUGCCAGGCGUCCUGCAGGUUGGAGUCGACGACUCCUCCCCAGAGCUGCAGGCGAAGCUAGACAAGGAGUUCGCCCAACUCUGUGAAGACAGGAAACUCUUGCGCGAUUUCGUUUUCCCUCGAGCAGUUCCUGGCUCGGCCCACUACCUUCCUGUCAAUCUGAAUCGAGUCGUGCAGAAUGCCUGCCAGAUCUUCCACACUGACCGACAGAAACCAAGCGAUCUCGAACCAGCCUACAUCGUCGAUGCCGUAAGAGACCUUGUAAAGCGCCUCAUCGUCGUUCGUGGCGACGACGCCUUGAGUCGUGAGGCGCAGACCAAUGCCACCCUCAACUUCAGCAUGCAUCUUCGCGCUACGUUCGCAUCUCGGAAGGUCCUCGAACAGCAUCAUCUAUCUAUCUUAUGCCCGGCCAGUGCUAGCACUGGCCGGGCUAAGAUAGAUGGUGGGGAUAACCGAAACACGGUGUUAGAAAUCCGUAGCCACACUGUGGCUACGGUGGGAAAAUUUUAUAUACCUUAG